AGAAAAUCAAUCAAUUUGGAUGGAAUAAUCACUGAAAAAGAAUCAUCAUCCAACAAAUUAGGUGAAAAUGGCGGACACUUGUGUGCAGGUCGCAUUACGUAUCCGUCCCCAAGGAAAUCGGGAGAAACUCGAAGGAAGUCGAGUAUGUACAUCAGUUCUUCCAAAUGAUCCACAAGUUACAAUUGGUGGUGAUCGUUCAUUUACUUAUGAUCAUGUAUUUGAUAUGCCUACUCUACAAUAUGUUGUCUAUGAAUCUUGCGUUGAAAAACUUGUGGAUGGAUUAUUCGAUGGAUAUAAUGCUACAGUUUUAGCUUAUGGACAGACUGGAUCAGGAAAAACUCACACAAUGGGAACAGCUUUCGAUGCGGCAGUUACUCAGAAAGAAGAAGAUCUAGGAGUAAUCCCACGUGCAAUCCAACAUACAUUCCGAAAAAUUGCCGAAUGCAAGGCUCAAGCUAUAGAGCAAGGGCUUUUGGAGCCAGCAUUUGAAGUUUCUGUUCAAUUUGUUGAAUUAUAUAAUGAUGAUGUGCUGGAUUUGUUAUCUGAUGAUCGUAGUAUGUCAUCAAGUAUCAGAAUUCACGAAGAUUCACGUGGAGAAAUUGUACUUCAUGGUGUUGAGCAAAGAUCUGUAUUUGAUAUGCACGGAACAAUGGAUAUUCUCAAAAAUGGAGCUCUCAAUCGAACAGUUGCAGCAACAAAUAUGAAUGAACAAUCAUCUCGAUCUCAUGCUAUCUUCACUCUUCACUUGAAACAACAACGUGUCGCUGCAAAUCCUCUCGAUGAAUCUGGAGAACAAAAAACUGGAGAAUUGGAAAUGGAAAUGCUUUGUGCAAAGUUUCAUUUUGUUGAUUUGGCUGGUUCAGAACGAAUGAAGAGAACUGGAGCAACUGGUGAUCGUGCUAAAGAAGGAAUUAGUAUCAACGUUGGAUUGCUUGCCCUCGGAAACGUCAUCGCGGCUCUCGGUGGUGCCAAUGGAAAAGUCAGUCAUGUUCCGUAUCGUGAUUCGAAAUUGACACGUCUUCUGCAAGAUUCUUUAGGUGGUAACAGCCGAACACUGAUGAUUGCGUGUUGCUCACCGUCAGACAGUGACUUUGUUGAAACACUGAACACGAUGAAAUAUGCAAAUCGUGCGAAAGAAAUUAAGAACAAAGUGGUUGCUAAUCAAGAUAAAUCAUCAAAGAUGAUAGGUGAACUUCGGAGUAGGAUUGCUGCAUUGGAAGCCGAACUUUUGGAAUUCAAACAAGGAAGACGAACUGUUGAUGUUGAUGGACAUGAAGUUGUGAAUGAUCAGUAUCAUGAAAAUGUAUACUUGACUAGUGAGGUGAAUCAUUUACGAUUCCGAGUGAAAGCUCUCAAUGAGACACUUGACAUCCUUCGAACGGAAAAUAUUGAUUUGAAAGCAAAACAAGAGUUCAAUUCGAUCGCAUCUCUCCCAACGGCCGGAUCAGGUGGAGCAGAAGGCGAGGUCGAUGCAAUUCAAUCAACUUUCCGAAAGUAUUUGGAAGAAUUGGAAAGAACGAAAUCACUGCUUUAUGAGUCUCAAUCUACUUGUGAUCAACUUCGAAAAGAUAAUGCGAGAUGGAAGGCGUUGGGUGCAUCUCGUGGAUCCGGUGGUGGAAAUGCCGAGUUCAAUAGUCAAAAAUUGAUAGAAAUGGCAAAGCAGGAAGUUGAGAAACAGAGGAAAUUGAUGGAAUCAGUUAAUAUUGGAGGUGAAAAUGUGUCAUCAGAAUAUUCAUCAAUGGCUCAAGAUGAGGAUGGAACGAGUAAUGAAGCUGAAGAACUUCUGGAUGAAGAAGAUUUGGAUGAAGAUGAAGACGAGACUGCAGAAGAGAAACAAGAACAAGAAGAAUCUGAAGCCCUUCAAAUUGAUUUGAGUGAAGUUAUGAUUGAGCUCGAUAUUAAGGAAAAACUUAUUGAUCAAUUGGAAAGAGCUGAACGUCAGAAUCAGCAAAUUAGAGAGACUUAUGAAAAAAAAUUGAGAGAAUUAAUGGAACGAAUUAAAGACACUGAAACUGAACGAGAUCGAGUCUUGAAUGAAGGUGGCAAACGAGGAGGUAAUAAUGAACAGAUGAAAGCCAUCAAGCAAGAAUAUGAACUGAAAAUUACUGAUCUACGAAAGGAAUUGAAAAAGAUUGAAGCUCUCGAUAAAGAACAUCUGAAAGUGAUUGCAAAAUCACAGAGAGAACUUCAAGAAAAAACACGGCUGAAAAGUGAAGUUGUAGACUUGAAAAAGGCAAAAGUUGAGUUGAUCAAGAAAAUGAACGAAGAUAAGAAAAAACAAAAAACACAACAACUUGCAAAUGCUCGUGCAUUUGCUACAAAAGAGAAACAAACUCGUCUUCAAGCAAAUAAAAUCAGAACUUUGGAGAUGAAGGAUAAGCAAAGAGAACAAUUCCUUAAAAAGACAACUCAAGAAGUGAAUGCACUUCGGAAAGAGAAAGCAGUUGCAGCAGCCACAGCUCGUCAAGCGAAUCGUGGUACUCCACGUGGUGGAGCCGCCGUUACGAACUCACCAGCUCGCCGAGUUCGAGGAGUUGUUGGUGGAGUUCAGGCGAUCAAAGAGCUCGCCUUUUCAGCAAAAGCUAGCAAAGUCAAAUGGGAUGUUAUUGUUCGGAAAAUCGAGGAAAGUGCUCGGAGAAGGCAGAUUGUUCAAAAAAUGGAGGCCGAAUUGGAAAGAUAUUUGAAUGAACGGCAUGCUGUAAUGGUGGAAAUUGUAGAAAAUGAAAAGCAAUUCACUCAAUCACAAGAUGUAAUUUAUCGUGAUGGACUUUUAGAAGCAAUUGACAGUGCAAAACAGAAGCUUCAAUAUGUUCAAGAUCAAAUCACAUAUCAACAAAAACUAAUUUGCGAUGUUGAUGAGGACAUCACCGCCUCCAAUGCUGAAAAUGAACCGAUUCUGGAUGUUGGGCUCAAAAAACAGACAAUAAAGCAGCUUUUCGAUGGAUGUGACACACUGAGUGAGGCAAGAUAUCUUCUUCAACACCUGUUCGAUUUGUGCAUUGAUAAAGCAGCGUUGGCGGCCAAAGUGGAAUCCGAGUUUAAGGAAUGUGCUGCUAGAAUUGAACAAUUGGAACAACAAUCAUCUCUAAAAGAACAACUUCUCACUUCGAUUAUUGAAGAUAAAAAUUUGGUGGAUGAAAUCGAAGGUUUCGUACCAUCAGAUCUACGAAAAAGUAGGACUUCAUCUCAGAGUUCUUUGCUUCGAAGUGGUUCACCAUCAGUCGUUGAAGAUGCACAUACACUUCAAAACUAUAAAGUACGUCGACACACUGCAACUCAGGAAGAGUUAUUAUUUGCCAAUUCGGAGGAAAACUCGAUGGUUUCGGAUGCAAAUGCAAAUCCUACUGUAGAUGUGGGUGCAGACGUUGGAGAUUCGGACGAGAGAAAAGAGAAAAAGAAGAGAAUCGCCUUCGUUUCUACAUCACCAGCGUCUACUUCAUUUGCCAAUUCAACGUCACAAUCUCCAUCGUUUUCUCGUAAUACACGUUUUCGGAGUACUGUAGGUGGAGUGAGCAAUAAUAACAAUAUUCGUAAAAGUGUACAACCUCUGAUUAAUGGAAAAGGAGUGUCUUCGACAGCGAGAAAGGGGAUUUCACGUCUUCCUUCAGUUACCGAGGAUCCGGAAAUUGGCAUAUUUGCCAAAUCAUUUCCUGGACGUUCUCGUUCCAAUUUAAUGUCUUCAUCAUCUUCUACUACUACAACAACAUUGUCAUCGUCUAAUCUUCUAAAUCCACGUGGCACAACCUCGUCGUCGUCGUCCAAGUCGGUUUUCGCGCGAAUCUCGCCGUCUUGGCUCAGCGAUACGUGCGCCGAACUCAUUAUGCGUAACAAUAAUCGAAAGCAAAGCAGAAUUGUCCCGGUGAAAGAUGGAAUGCGUGGAAAUGUCAUCACAAGAACCCAUACUCUUGAAGGACACGCAAGGGGUGUUUUGUCAGUGGAUGUUAACGAAAAACUUAUGGUUACUGGAUCUAAAGAUCGUACCGCAAAAUUAUGGGAUAUCGAAGCAUGUCGCGAGAUUCGAACUCUUGGUAUUCAUCCAAAUAAUGUUCAUUUGGUGAAAUUUGUGCCAUUCUCCAAUUAUGUUUUCACUUUUUCAAUGUUCGAAGCACGUGCGUGGGAUUACCGUACUCCUGAAUGUAUUUGUGUUAAAGUGCUCAAUUCAUCUGGACAGGUUAAUGAAGGUGAUUCAAUAGAUGUUUCUCAAGUGAUGCCUCGUCAAAAUACAAUUCCAUUCCUGGAAACACUCAUCACAGCUGCAGAUGUUGAUCCAACUGGACAACUUCUCUUUACUUCAUUCUCUGCAUAUGUUCGAGUCUGGAAUCUACGUGAAUGGAAACCACUGGGACGACUCAAUGCAGCUUCACACUCUCCGAAAUCUGAAGUUUCUUGCCUUCGAACGACAAUGACACCGGAAGGAAGUAUCUUGGCAUACACAGGAUCUCGUGAUCAUUAUGUCAAAGAAUACGAAGUUGGUCUUGGAACUGGAGUUAUCGAAUCGAAAUGUGAAUUCACUCCACCACAUUACGAUAAUGUCACUGCAGUGCUUCCUCUAAAUGGACAUUUAUACACAGCCUCGAAGGAUGUGAAUAUCAUGAAAUUUUCACUGAAAGAUGGCAAACGUGAACAUUUGGAACUUCGAGCACAUCAACAGUAUAUUCAAUCUCUUACUGGUUUCGGUCCAAAAGGAAAAGAACUUCUUGUAUCAGCUUGUAAAGAUGGAACAAUUCGUUUUUGGGAUGUUGGUUCAUCUAGUCGUAUGAAACUUGUUGAAGAGUAUUCGAAAGCACAUCAAGAGGGAAUCAACGAUAUGUGCUCCACAAAGUCGAUGCUUUUCACUGCUUCGGGAGAUUCGACAGUCGGAUUCUGGAAAUCAAAUGCUGUCUAAUUGUAUCAUUUUCAAAAAAAAAAGUUUUCACUUGUACCCCUUUUCACUUUUCUGUAAUUUAUUUUUAGUGCCCAAAAAUCUCAUAAAUAUUGUGAUGAAAUAAAGAGCUUACGUUA